AUGUUUCAAAUACUGACGGUUGUGCUACUAACGACAAGCUGCUUCGAGGGCUUAGUUUCGGAUUUAGAAGAGAAUAUUCGUAAUAUAUCACACUAUAAUGUUUACAAGUACGUCACAAAUUUAAACCUACAGAUCUGCGUUUUCGUUGGAAUCGGCCUGAAUUAUUUCGCGAUUUUUGUUGAAGACCGUAAAGUACAAAAUUAUUUUCUGGGAAUCUGUCACCAAGAUACUCUAGCGGAAUGGCAGUUGUGCACAAACGAAUUAACUAAGGUAAGGAAGAGGAAAUGUGUAUUUGAGUUGGGUCAGAACAGAUACCACGCUCGAGUCCACAGAAGAUUUUGCGAUUUCAAUAUAUUGGUGAAAAACAAGGAUUGUCAAUGUAUACCUACCUUAUUUGAAGAGGACAUGGAGAAAGUUGUGGGUCUACCGACAUGCUAUAUUCCACCAUUGCCGGACAGCCUGUGUAAGUACAACGUGUGCGGGCUUAGCCCCUGCGGGGUCACCACAAUCGAGGGCGCGGUGCAUAGUGUGCACUGUAACUGCAAGGGGCCGUUCUGUGAGAGCUCCAACGAAACGGGGACAAGCGCGGUUCCUGCAAUAACUUCUUCUUGGACGCCGUGGCAGCAGGAAGUUCUGGAGCGAGGAGAUGGAGAGCUUUUAGGCGCCGGCGUUAAAAAUUACGACGGCGAGAUUAUACAAAAGGCGUUUUGUGUCGACCCAUUUAUGAAAACGGGGGUGUUCGAUUGCCUAGGACCAGGAAGUAAAUGCUGCGCAAAUGUUUAUAACGAGGAAAACUGUAGCUGUCGGACCUUUAUCGAAAAUGACGAAUUAAUCCUGAGAAGAUAUCUACUUCAGCGCCCUGGAAAGUUUAGUUACGUUGACGUAAACCAUCAAUAUGAUAAUGAAGUGCUCGUUUAUUAUUCAUCCGAAAAUAAUGGAAGACACUUCAGAUACACGAGGGAAUCAAACUAUACUGAAGAUAUUGGAGAUGAGAUGUAUCCGGAAGACGAGGACGAAUCUGAUGAUGAUAUUGUGUUGGAAGAAAAGGAAAUUGAGCAUGAUGAUCCUAUUACGACAACCGAAGAAUUGGAACGGGAAGAAGCCGAAAAUGAAUUGAAAGCUCGCAAAUCUGUUGGCAUGGUGGGAAGUUUUGGCUCCCAAUUUCAACCCUAUAGCUUUUUAAUUUUAUAUGCGUGUUCUUGGUGUUUCUCCCAAAUAAUUUAAAACAACACAAGCCAAUAUUGCAACCAGCCUGUACGUUAAUAAAUAUUU